AUGCUCCUCCUACCCUAUUCGCUCCGCAUGCCAUUUCAAUCAUUCUGCCCCCAUUCUCCUCGCUUAAAUGCCUACAAGAGUGUUCAUGGAUAUCACUGCCGAUGGGGCUCCACUCGGGAAACUAGUCUUCCAGGAGAUUUCGAAACUCAAAAUGCUCGACGAGAUGGUGGGAAAUCGACGUUUGAAACCAAGUACUUUGAAGAUGAGAAUUUCGAAAUCCUUCAUGAUAAGAAAGGAAUUCUGGGAAUGGACAAUUAUGGGUGGGAGAACACGAACUCCUCUCGAUUCUAUGUCACUUUCCGAGAGACUCCAUGGAUGAACAACUUCCACGUGGCAUUUGGAGAGUUGGUUGAAGGGUUCGAUGUGUUGGAUUCAAUUGAGAAAUUGGGAAUUCUCGAGGGAAAUGGACCACAACAAGGAAGGACUAAAGAGAAGAUUGUGAUUUCGGAUUGUGGUCUUUAUGAGAAAUAA